GACGCAUCCGUCCGGCUGUGCUCCACGGAGAGCUGCUAGAGGGGAGGACAGGCUACAGCACGACCUAGACAGGAAGCGUCCGGAAACAUGGCCAAGCCACUGACAGACCAGGAGAAGAAGAAGCAGAUCUCGGUGCGGGGGCUGGCCGGGGUGGAGAACGUUGCAGACCUGAAGACUAAUUUCAACAGGCACCUCCACUUCACCUUGGUGAAGGAUCGCAAUGUGGCUACCAAGCGGGACUACUACUUCGCCCUGGCCAACACUGUCCGAGACCACCUGGUGGGCCGCUGGAUCCGGACGCAGCAGCAUUACUAUGAGAAAGACCCCAAACGCGUCUACUACCUCUCCCUGGAGUUCUACAUGGGCCGGACUCUGCAGAACACGAUGGUCAAUCUGGCCCUGGAGAACGCCUGCGACGAAGCAACGUACCAGCUGGGUCUGGACAUGGAGGAGCUGCAGGACAUCGAGGAGGACGCCGGUCUGGGCAACGGCGGGCUGGGCCGCCUGGCUGCCUGCUUCCUGGACUCCAUGGCGUCGCUGGGCCUGGCUGCCUACGGGUACGGCAUCCGCUACGAGUUCGGCAUCUUCAACCAGAAGAUCGUCAACGGCUGGCAGGUGGAGGAAGCGGACGACUGGCUCCGCUACGGGAACCCCUGGGAGAAGGCCCGGCCUGAGUACAUGCGCCCGGUCCACUUCUAUGGGCGCGUGGAGCACACAGCCGAAGGGGUGAAGUGGGUGGACACGCAGAUGGUUCUGGCUCUUCCCUACGACACCCCCGUCCCCGGCUACAGGAACAACAUCGUCAACACCAUGAGGCUGUGGUCUGCGAAGGCCCCCUGCGACUUCAACCUCAAAGACUUUAACGUGGGCGGCUACAUCCAAGCGGUGCUGGACCGAAACCUGGCCGAGAACAUCUCCCGGGUCCUUUACCCCAAUGACAACUUCUUCGAAGGGAAGGAGCUGCGUCUCAAGCAGGAGUACUUCGUCGUGGCCGCCACUCUUCAGGACAUCAUCCGCCGCUUCAAAGCCUCCAAGUUCGGCUCCACGGAGUUCGUGCGGAUGGACCUCUCCACGCUGCCGGACAAGGUGGCCAUCCAGCUGAACGACACCCACCCGGCGCUGGCCAUCCCCGAACUGAUGAGGAUCUUGGUGGACGUGGAGAAGCUGACCUGGGAGCAGGCCUGGGAGAUCGUGGUUCGCACCUGUGCCUACACCAACCACACCGUCCUGCCUGAGGCCCUGGAGCGCUGGCCCGUGGACCUCUUCCAGAACCUGCUGCCUCGACACCUGGAGAUCAUCUACGAGAUCAACAGGAGGCACCUGGAGCGCAUCAGCAAGCUGUACCCCGGAGACGUGGAGCGCAUGCGGAGAAUGUCGCUGAUAGAGGAGGGCGACGCCAAGAAAAUCAACAUGGCGCACCUGUGCAUCGUGGGCUCUCACGCCGUCAACGGGGUCGCCCGCAUCCACUCGGAGAUCAUCAAGAACACCGUGUUCAAAGACUUCUACGACGUCGACCCUCAGAAGUUCCAGAACAAGACCAACGGCAUCACGCCCAGGCGCUGGCUGGUCAUGUGCAACCCCGGCCUGGCGGAGGUCAUCGCCGAGAGGAUCGGUGAGGACUUCAUCCGGGACCUGGACCAGCUGAAGAAGCUCCUUAAGUUUGUGAACGAUGAGGCCUUCAUUCGCGACGUUGCCAAAGUCAAACAAGAGAACAAACUGAAGUUCGCCGCUCAUCUGGAGGAGCACUACAAGGUGAAGAUCAACCCCAGCUCCAUGUUCGACGUGCAGGUGAAGAGGAUCCACGAGUACAAACGGCAGCUGCUCAACUGUCUGCACAUCAUCACGCUCUUCAACCGCAUCAAGAAGGAGCCCAACAAGUCAUGGGUGCCCAGGACCAUCAUGAUUGGGGGGAAGGCAGCUCCAGGCUACCACACGGCCAAGAUGAUCAUCAAGCUGAUCACAUCGGUCGGAGACAUCGUCAACAACGACCCAGUGGUGGGGGACCGGCUCAAGGUCAUCUUUCUGGAGAACUACCGCGUCACUCUGGCCGAGAAGGUCGUUCCCGCGGCCGACCUGUCGGAGCAGAUCUCCACGGCGGGCACGGAGGCGUCCGGCACCGGGAACAUGAAGUUCAUGCUGAACGGCGCCCUCACCAUCGGCACCAUGGACGGCGCCAACGUGGAGAUGGCGGAGGAGGCCGGGGAGGAGCACCUCUUCAUCUUCGGCAUGCGGGUGGACGACGUGGAGGCCAUGGACAAGAAGGGCUACGACGCCAUGUCGUACUACAACAAAAUCCCUGAGCUGAAGCAGGCGAUGGACCAGAUCUCGGGAGGCUUCUUCAGCCCCAGCCAGCCUGCGCUCUUCAAAGACCUGGUCAACAUGCUGAUGCACCACGACAGGUUCAAGGUGUUUGCAGACUAUGAAGACUACAUCAAAUGCCAAGAGAAAGUCAGUGACCUCUACAAGAAUCCAAAGGAGUGGACCAAGAAGGUGAUCCAUAACAUAGCCGGCUCUGGUAAAUUCUCCAGCGACCGCACCAUCUCCCAGUACGCCAGGGAGAUCUGGGGCAUGGAGCCCAGUCUGGAGAAGAUCGCAGCCCCCGAUGACCCCCGCUAAACCGCCGCCGUAGCGCAGCACGCGGUCCAACCCCGACAGAUCCUCCCCCUGUAGCUUUAUCACUGUGUACUGUAGCGUUAUUUAUUAACAUUAUUAAUUCCUAUAUCGUCUGGCUGUAACAUGUACUGAAGUGGGCUUAUUCAAAGUCGCUGUUUGUUUGUCCUCUGUGCACUGUUGGGUGAAAACCUCCUAAGUCCACGUCAGCCUUGCAGCCGCUCAGAAACCGCCUGGAGUCCUGGGAUUCUUCUGUUUGGGUCAAAACAAAGAAGAUCUAUUUUCUUAUUUUGUCAUAGUUUUGCAGUGAAUCUCAACUGGCCUGUUUUCACACAACAGUGACCCACAUUCCCUUCAUGCGUCGGAGCUGGGCAGUAAACUCAGCGCUGCUCUGGUUCCGAUCCGCGUCUUCCAUGAGAGAGUGAGAGCGAACACACACACACACACACACACACACGCACACUCUCUCCUCAGCCUCAGGGCUGCACUGGAACCGAUGGUGUUUAAGGAAGCAAUGUCUCCAUAUUCAGGGCAGAGUUACAUAUUCAAUGUUACAUGUUCAACACUCCAACUACGCUGCCAGUGUUUAUGGUGUUUGCUGAAUGUAUCCAUUUGUGUGUGUAUUUGAUUAGUAAAGGUCCAGGGAGCAGCAGCUCCAGCACGUUUGUCUGUGUCUCAUUCUGCUUUGCUUAGAGUGAGCUGAGGUGGAACAUACUGUAACUAAGGCUCCUACGUGGCUGAGUCAGGGUUUAACCUCGAAACACUGUCUGAUUCAGCUUCACUGUUUGACUGCUGUGUUGCUGAUGGAACAACUGAACCUGAACAUUUCCACUGUCAUUUUUUGUUUUUUAGUCAAUAAAAUAACGGUACAUCUACA